UUAAAAAAACAAAAACAAUGACAAAAUCCUCCAUUUUUGUUCUCUUUGUAACCCUAAUUGUCAUCCUAAUCCAAUGCAAUUCUGUAUUAUCUGAUGCAAAUCUCAUCUCAAAAACAUGCAGUCAAACACCAAACCCUAGUCUCUGCAUCAGCUUUCUUAAAUCAGACCCGAGCAGCUUAAAUGCAGACACAACAAAGUUAGCCCUAAUUAUGGUGAAUGUAAUAAAAGCUAAAGCAACUGCGUCAGUAAAUUUCAUUCAUCAGCAAAUUGGUAAGAGUUCGCCGGAGCUGAAGAAAAGUUUCAGUUCGUGUGCUGGUGCGUAUAACGCAGUUUUAAACGGUGGUAUACCGUCAGCCAUUGAAGCUUUGACGAAAGGCCAGCCAAAAUUUGGUCAGGCUGGUGCUAAUGAUGCUGCUAAUGAAGCCACUGACUGUGAGAAUAGUUUUCAUGGAAAAUCGCCGAUGACUCAGUUGAAUAAUGCGGUGAAGCAAUCUUCUACCAUUGCUUCGGCUAUUAUACAGCUUUUGCUGUGAUUUUAUUAAUUAAUUUUUGACAAAAAUUUAAUUUGUCAAUGGUUCUUUAAUUUUUUUAUUAUAUAUUAUUGUCAUCUUGUUAUUAUUGUUGUACUGCCAAUAUUUUUAAAAGGUCCAAUAAGACCCUUUAAUUCUAUUAAAAAGAGCAUAUAAGCUCUUUUAAUUAA